AAACAAGUGAACUCAGCUACUCAUCGUGAGUUCCCCAAAUCAGAAAAAUGUCUGCUCCCUCAACAUCUUGUCGAAUCGACGUGUUUUGGCACGAUGGGAUGUUAAAUCACGACACAGGCAAAGGUGUGUUCGAUACAGGGAUGAACCCUGGUUUCUUGGAAGUGUUAGAAAAACACCCAGAAAAUUCAGACAGGAUUAGAAACAUAGUUUCAAUCCUCAGCAAAGGACCCAUCUCUUCUUACAUCUCUUGGCACUCUGGUUCACCUGCAACUAUACAUCAGCUUUUAUCUUUUCAUUCUCAAGAAUACGUUGAUAUGUUAAUUGAAGCUGAUAAAAAUGGUGGUAAGAAAGAAAUUUGUUGUGGAACCUUUUUAAACCCUGGUUCAUUUAAUGCUGCACUUUUAGCUGCUGGUACUACAUUAUCUGCUAUGAAAUAUAUACUUGAUGGCUAUGGUGAACUUGUUUAUGCAUUGGUUAGACCACCAGGUCACCAUGCUCAACCUACUCAAGCUGAUGGCUAUUGUUUUUUCAACAAUGCGGGGCUUGCUGUUCAAUUGGCUUUAGAUUCGGGUUGUAAAAAGGUUUUGGUUUUGGAUAUCGAUGUUCAUUACGGUAAUGGGACCGCCGAAGGGUUUUACCGGUCGGAUAAAGUCCUUACGGUUUCGCUUCAUAUGAAUCAUGGUUCAUGGGGUCCUUCUCAUCCCCAAAACGGAACAGUGGAUGAACUGGGUGAAGGUGAAGGGUUUGGGUAUAAUUUGAAUGUGCCUUUGCCGAAUGGGAGUGGUGACAAGGGAUAUGGAUAUGCGAUGAGGGAGGUGGUUAUCCCGGCUGUUGAGAAGUUCGAGCCGGAUAUGAUGGUCCUGGUUAUCGGUCAAGACUCGAGUGCUUUUUUGAAGCUCAAUGUUGUCUAUCCAGAGGUGGCAUGUUAUCCUCCUGCAAAUCGAAAUUGCCUUAAAAGAGUAAAUAUAUGAAAAAACCGAAACAUAUGAGGGGCUGUCUAAUGGGAUAAAACGGUUCGUGUUUAAAACUGCUCGUAUACACUGUUUCUGAGCCAGUUCAAAGCCGAAUGUUGUGAGUUUGAAUCCUAUCAAACUCUACCAAAUUGUUCUUACACAGUUCAAAGGCUCCAUGCGUAUUUGCAUAUUCUGAUUCGAUGUAUCGUGAUAUCCAUGCUUUUUAGCCGAUUGAGUUUUAGUUCAAUUGGCAUGACAUUGUUACCAAUGUAAUAGUACGUGUAUUCGAGUAUGUUGAAGUGCAUUAUUUUUCAAUUUAUGAGUUGGGAUGGACUAUGAGUGAUUUUAGACAUUUUGUCAGAAAGAACAAAUAUUAUCAGAAUUUAUAAUGUACAUAUUUGCGUAUUUUGGUGUUGGUCAUA